AUGGCCCCCACUCAGCUCCCUGCUUCGGGAAAUCCCUUGGUCUUUUUCGAUAUCACCCUUGGAGGUGAACCUCUGGGUAGAGUCACAUUCGAGCUCUUCCAGGAUGUAGUCCCCAAGACAGCCGAGAACUUCCGUCAAUUCUGCACCGGCGAGUCCAAGAACUCAAUGGGCCGGCCUCAAGGGUACAAGGGAUCAAAGUUCCACAGAAUAAUACCCAACUUCAUGUGCCAGGGUGGCGAUUUUCUGAAUGGAGAUGGCACCGGCAGCACUUGUAUCUAUGGUACCAAGGCCUUUGCCGACGAAAACUUCAACCUAAAGCACGAGCAGCCCGGCUUACUAUCAAUGGCGAAUGCUGGUCCCGGCACGAAUGGUUCGCAAUUCUUCAUCACCACGGUGCCUACCCCUUUUCUCGACGGCAAACACGUCGUCUUUGGCAAGGUGGUUGACGGCAUGGAUAUCGUAAAGAAGAUGGAAGCUACCAAGACGGGAUACAGAGGCAAGGACGUUCCCAACAUGGACGUGGUCAUCGCUCAGUGUGGUGAGAUGUGA